AUUGACAAGAAGAAAAGCUAGAAAGGGGAGAGAGAGUGAAAAGGAGAGGAGGAGGAGGAAGAGGAGGGUUUGCGUUGGUGUGUUGGUUGGCAGAGCGAGCGCUUGUCAGAAAAACCUUCCUCUGACAGAAGGCAUGAUUCACAGCGGAGAGAGAGGGAGAGGGGAGAGAAAGAGGGGGAGAGAGAGGGAGACGAGCGUCAGAAAAGACGAAAAACAGCAGAGAUAAAGAGAGGGAGAGAGAGAAACAACAGAGGAAGAGAUGCCGGUAAGAAACGGGGGACUGCUGAUUUGAGGCAGAAUGACAAGACCUUAACAGGAUGGGACUGAGAUCGACGCGCUGGAUUGACUGAUGCCUUUUAAUGACUGUGACCAUGUUGAUAAGACAGACAGUGGUAAUCAACACAUACAGUCGGAAUGAAAGAAGAAGCUCUGACUGGAUUCAUCAUUUCUAUCACUGUGCUCGGCCUUUCUGUCGCUUUGUGUCUGACAGAAUAACGCUCCACUGGAUAAAGACUUAAUUGGAUCCAAACCGACAUCCAGAACAAUAAACAACCAGAAUAAAUACAAAUGUAGAAAUGCUGGGAAAAGAGUGGGAGAGGAAAUGAGCUAAGAACAGUAACCCUGUGGACAUAAUAACUGGACAUCUUUUUUCAGUACUUUUCGUUUCGAAAUCUGGUUGGGAUAUUUCAAUUUGCGAUAAUGCUCUUUACAUUGCUUUUAUCACAUUGAGCUUUGGACAAGCUUAUUUUGUUGAACAGAAGGAUUAUGCUUGAGUAUUUUACAUUAAACGAAGCAAAAAUUGGAAUUGUAUAUUUCUAUUUUUUUUUUUGUUGCCACGUUCCUCCCAAAGCUAGAUGCCCUGCUUCCUGCACAUUCUGAUGUUUUUUAAGCAAUUUUUUGGUGAAUUAGUAAAUCUGACAAAUUCACAAUUCACUCUUCAAACUUCUACCGUUCAUCCCACCAACCCCUCCCACCGUCAGCAAUCCGGCCAAUCAUGGGAAAGCCUCUAAGCCGUCCUGGGUGUUUCAGGAAGAGCUCCUGCUGCCUGGAAAAACAUGGAGCUGGGGAUGGGGGAGUGGGAGGGCGGGCUGCGACAGUGGACGGGGGUUAUGGAGAUGGCUAUGUACCCCAAAGAUCCAUCUACGAUACCAUGUGCAUCAAUCAGCAGAUUGACAGCCAUCACCAUCACUCUGGAGGAUCCAUAAGGAGAGACGGUGGAAAUGAAGGGAGUUUUAGCUACUCUGCAAGUGGCUCUCUGAGGGUGAGCAGGUCUCCGGCUGACAUGUUUGAUUCCCAGCCCCGCUCUCUAACUCCCAACCCCUCAUUUGUUCGGCGACUGGAUGAAAGAGCCAUCUUUGAUUCAUUGAAGCUCGGUGGUCAGGAUGUCGAUGGUGUCGGCUGCCAUUCGCCAGGAUGUUUCAACCGAUCAGUUUCUCCUUCAAUGUCAUCUUUUUCAGCACCCGGAGUGUCCUCUUCCUCAUCCAAAAAGCACCACCAUCACCCCCACCAUCACCAUGGAGACAGUGCAAAGAGUAGAGAUGGUCGACAUUCCUGGAAAGUCAUGACACCUCCAACACAGAUGGAGUGUAUGGAGUAUACUACAACUGAGAUGAUGGACAGAGGAGGUGGGUAUCUAAACCCAGGGCAAUACCCUCCCCCUGGGGGCCAGUCCUCUUCUCUUACUUCCCCCCUAAUUUCCCCCUUUUCCGGCUCACCUCUCUCCUCAGGUUACCAUACUCCAGUUUUCUUCUCCCCUGCCAAACCUCGACCCAGUCAGUCUCAGAGUUUGCGAUGUUCCCCUCCCCAUGUCAUCCAGCCGAGGCAUUACUCGCAAACACAGAGCCUCAGAAUGUCGCCACCCCUUGAGGUAAGACGAUCCCCCUACCGCGCCCCGCUGGUCCAACUAUCUGCUCAUGACCUCGAGCAGGAAAUGAGGGAUCGAGGAGGAGGGUGGAGAAAUGAGCGAGAAAGGGACUGGGAGCGGGAGAGAGAAAGGGAGAUGGAGCGAGGGUGGGCCCAAAGAGAGUGGGAACGAGAGAGGGAGAGGGGGAGACUGGAGAGGGAGAGGGCAAGAGAAAGGGAGAGGAGGGAAACAUCGUCAUUUGGGACCUUCGGGUAUGGUCGACCCGUACCUUUGCGUUCUGACAGAGACUCUGUGUUUUUAGAGCCUGACCAGGUUUUAGACACAACACCCCUGUUGCUUCCCCAGCCUUCACCUUCCCCUUCACCUUCCCCCAAUGCCCCCAGAAUGGGGACUGCCGCUGUGGGCAGAAAUAGAGCUGGGUCAAAAGUUGGAUCUGAAAGUAUAGGUGGGGGUAUGGUUUCAAAGUAUGACAAUGGGAGUGUGGGUUUGGUGUUAAUUGACAGCAAAUCUGGGUAUGGGCCGAGGUUAGUAAAUGAAGUUGGGAACAUGUCAGAGGCCGAAAUAAGGGCUGCAAUAAAAGAACACCAUAGAGCUGAAAGUUGGAACCAGCAUGACCACGGAUCCAGGGCUAGUGUUAAAAAUGGGUCUGAAAAAAGAAUGGGCUCCCAGGUGAAAACUAGACCAGGGGGACGGGAUCUAGAAGGAAAGGUGCAGUCUGGGGUAGGGAUCGAAAAUAUGGCUCCAACUGUGAACAAGGAGGGACACAAGGGAGGGAUAAGGAGUGGAGAAAUAAAUGGAAGGGGUGGGGCUAAACAAGAACCUGUUGCUGAGUCGACACCAUCUGAGAACAGGUUUGAGCCUCAAAAUAAUGUUGAGCUGGUAGCUGAACCUGGUACAGGGAUGAAGCCAGAGAUCGAGGCAGAGGUUGAGGUUAGAGCUAUUUCGAGGCAAGUGGACAACUUGAUUGGUAAUGAAGCUGAGGGUGUAGCAACAGUUAAUAGUGAGGUUGGUUCACCAGCAGAGCCCAGACUAGAAGCUGAAGUUAAACCAGAAGUUAAGAUGGCCCCAUCUGAGCCUGAGGCAGUACUACAGACUGGGGUUGGUAAGGAAACAGGGACUAAAAGUAACAUAGAGACUGGGGUUGCUUGUCAAACCCAGAGCAGCAACGAGAUUACAGAUAAAGCCCAGAUAAAUGUUGUUGCUGGGGAUAAAACGGAGAAUGCUCCUGUAGAGCAAGAUGAGAAAAAGCCCUUGGACAUUGAUAAAAUUGAAUCUAGCCAUGUAGAGAAAUGUUCCAGGUCCCGCAAGUCCAAAUCCUCCAAAUCAACAUCUAGGACUCGACCUGGCACGGCAACAGGGAUCCGUCCAGGCGUGGUCAGCCCUUGCCUAAGCAGAGGGUUUCCGGACCUUGAGCAAACAAGCCCUGCUGAGGGCAUUGAGUCAACUUGGCCACGCCGAAUUAUUGUCAGAAAGAGGACUGUUCGGCAGGGUGGGGCACUCCACAAUCUCCCUAUUCUCCCCCCACUCCCCUCUGUCCUCUCAGCACUGGAGAAGAGGCAUCCGCAUGUUCACCUCCUCCCUCGUCCAGGACACUAUUCAGAGAAUCCGCUAACAACACUCAUGAAUGCUACAAGUAUCGUGGGACGAUGCUCACUUAAAGAGCCAUCCCACCAAGAUCCAGGACAGAGCGCCAGUUUGGUGGGCAGAGCUUCCCUGAAGGAGCAGAACUUGGAGCACUGGAGGGUCUGCAGAGAGCAAGAGGAACCCAAGAGGUCCAGAAGCAAGGAGAAACAAGCAGAGCUAAGCAAGGGUAAGACUGAGAUCGAGGAGAUGAAGGGAAAAGAAGAGAAGCGAGACAAGGAGAAGGGGGAAGAGAAAGACAAAAAGAAGGAGAAAGUGGGUAAGGAGAAAGAGAGGGUUCCUGUCAGUGUGGGGCUAGUAGAGGAAACCAAACGAGAAAAGUCAGAGAGAAGGGUUGAAGAGAAAGUGCCAGAAGAUUGGAACAUAAAGGAACGUGUGAUAAAGGAACGUGUGAAAAAGGAAAGAGAUAUAGAAAUAAUUUGUCUAAAAAAGGAGGAUAAGGGAAUGGAGACUAAAGAUGGAAUACAAGGGCAGCAUGGAAAAGAGUUCAAGCAGGUUGUGACAAAAUCAAAGAAAGAAGAAAGUGAGGUAAAGGGAGGAGAAGAAGAAGGAGGCCCUUUGGGAGAGGAAGAAGGUUGGGACACUGUCCUGGACAUGGUCAACACUUUGUGGGAGGAUGGCUGGGAGAAAGGAGGAACGGGCGGAGGUGAUGAUACAGAUUCAUUUUCUGGCUCCCUUCCGCGUUGGCCUCUUCUUCGACCCCCGAUGGGUUUUGGGGGCUCUCACCCCCCCUCCUCUGCAGCUUCGGAGCUCAGCCUGACUGAGUUGGAGCGGAGAGCCAGGGAGCUGGACUCUGACCUGGAGCACCUAGACCUGUCCCAACCACACAGGGACACCCAGGAUGUAUACCAACCACUGCUGGAGCCACAGAGGGAACGAGCUGACAUGUACCAAACACACCCAGGGCCGCAGAGAGAUAAAGCUGCUCUCAUGACAGGCACAGGGAGCAGAUCCCAUAUCAGUUUGGAGCUCACUGCUAUGGCUUCACCAACUACAGACACAGAAAGACCUUCUGACUGGUCAACUAAACCUGCUGGGACUUCCACUGUUGGUACAAGCUCCACUAAGGAGGACAGCUCUCCAGACUCCAACCUGACACUGGAGUCCGACUCCAGCGGCGUCUUCCUCUCCUUAUCCAAUCAGAGCCAGGAGGAGGCCGGCUCUGACAGCGACCAGCCAAUCAGUGGCUCUGACCUAGGCAGCAGCAGCACGUCACUGGAAAAGGACGGGGAGGACGGAGGGUCAAAGGAAUGGGGGAGGGAGGAGAGUGCAGAGCUACAGUGGUGCUACCCUACAGUAUUCAAUACAACCUUGCAAGAAGACAUAGAAGGAGAUAGGGACCAAGAGGAAGCUGGGCAUGGAAAUAUGGGGACAUAUGAAAGGGGAGGGAAAGAUGAAAAUGUAAGAAGGGUUGGUAGGAUAGGCACGGUUUCAAUCAUGAAGACCCAUCUCAACUAUACAGACAACGAGGGCUCCACGACUUUUAUGGCCCCACAAAGUGAAGAAAUACCGCCCAGGAAAAGAGUGACCCUCAUGGGAGGUGACAUUCCUCUUCCUCUGUCUCCCUUAAAACAACCAAUCAAAACCUUUCUAGAUCCAAAUCAGAUGCCAAUAAGAAGCUCAGGACUGGACUGUGGUGACAUAGAUCCCUUUGUUCAAUCGGACAGCUUUGUUUACCUCGCUGUGUCUGCAAAACCCGCCUCCCAGGGGGAAGUCGCCACAAAGACAGAAGUUCCCACCCAUGGUAUAAAACAAGGCAGUGUACAAAAGCGUUCAAAUAGCGUGAAAACACACUUUGACCAGUCAAAUACAGAAUGGCGGGCCAAGCCAACUCAUCUUGGUCCACAAAAACCAGAGGAAGGAGACUUUCUGUGUACUGACAGCUUUGUGUACCUGGCUGCUCCGGCCUGCCACCUACUGGGCCCCACAGGAACUGCACCCUACAGCGGCAGGGAGUCCGACUCGGAGAGUUCAGGAUCUGGCCCUGGUGACAUGUCAGUUCUGGGUUGUGGCUCGGUGGCAGGGGACAGUGACUGGGACUCAGACCUGUCUGAUUCCGAUCCCAGUCGCCCCCCCAGGAUCUCUUCUGCUGGAAACAGAGCUGCCGGCGCAUCACGAUCAAAGCUGCACGCUGAACCGGGCUGGGACUUAUUCGGAGAUACCACAGAGCCUGAAGUGCUGAGUGAGCUUUUCACGGAACAGGAUAAAAACAACAAUGGUAAAGCAAGGAAGGUUACCGGGGUAACCAGCAGCCUGGAAGAUUCAACGGCCAUUCCCAUGGCAACUCAGCGUGUCACUUCGCCAGUGAAACGGUCGACAACAGUGGAGCAGGCGUCAACAAAGGUGACAUGGCAGUUUAGACCUGCCCAGAGGUCAGUCUGCACAGGAAGUAGAAAGGAGAAAGAGAAGGAAAUGACGUCAUCGUCAUCAGUAAGGUUCACGGAACUGAGAGGAGAAGAGACCCAUAGAGGCUCCCCUUCAUCUUCAUCGUCUUCAUCAUCGUCAUCAUCUUCUGGUUGAUUUGUAAAGGAAAAUGAUUUUUUACCACCACUUGGGAAGAGCUUUUUUUGCCUGAAGCUCAGUGUGUUGCCAAAAGAUAGAAAAGGUCUUUCAUUUGUUCUGUUGAAACCGACAGAUGACAGAAUUUCUGUACAGAUUUAUUUGCCUGUAAUUUGUUUUUAAUUGUGCUUCUAGUUGCUGCCAUUGCCUUCUAAUGACUUACUAAAGGCUGCUUAAAAGACUAGUUAAUUGUUGCAUUUUCUAAUGUUGACAGUCCUUCACAAUAUCAUUAUAAUCUGUUCAAGUUUAAAGCGAUGUGAGAUUCUGAACUUCAGGUUGAGAUAAUGAGGGAAAAUGGCCACUGAUAGAACCCUUAUGUAAUUUAAGCACAAUGUUUAUUCGAAUGGAUUUGAUCAGAAAUCUAAAAAUGUUGAUUUAGAAGUUACAUGUACACAUUAUUCUCAAAUCUAAAUAAGACAUAUAUAUAGUUCUGUGGGGGUUUAUUCUGGUGAAUGUAUGUAUUGUGUAAAACACAAUUCACAUAUGAGGCGUUCUCAUGAUGUUGCUUGGUCGCAAUAACACAAACGCUUACAGUUGGACAAAAUAACUUCUGCCAGACCAUACCCUUCUGUUAUCUUUUUUAUAAAGAUUUAACUAUAUAAACGUGUCUCAGGCCUUAUAUUAAAUGAUAUCUUCUUCCCUAUGUAAUGCCUAACUUUAACACCUGCUUAUACUUCAUAUAAUAUUUAAAAAACGGACUUUUAAAAACUGUCAAAGGUCAAACUUUUCAAUGUACAAUGUAUUUUAUAAUCACAUCCAACUUUAACAACAGUGUAUUUAACAGUGUGUUCAUAAUAUAUUUUGAAAGAAAAUUAUAGAGUGAAAUAUAGAGUGAUCAAAUAUACAUAUAUAUACAGUAUAUGAUGAAUGUGCAACAAAUAAUGGAAGGAUUUAGUGAUAACAUUUAAUUUAAAUGUUUUAUUUAUCAAUUAGGUUAAAAAUGGUGAAUGUAAUAUUUGAGCAAUAUGCUUAUGGAUUCAUGCUAUAUUAUAUGUUUCAUAUGUGGAAAGUGUUGUGCAUAAAAAUGGCUGAGUUUGAUUUAAUGUAUACCGCCAACUACUGCAGUAUUACACUUAAGUAGAGGUUCUAUGUGGAACACUUUCAAACAUCAAUUUAUUAUCAGGUAUCUUGGUAUAAUUUCCAUAAACAAUGGAACAAGGUAGAGAUGAUUGAUAGCAUUUGCUUCACACCGGUGGUAUUUUUUAUUGCGAGUGACUUUAUCCCCCAUAAUCCUCUUUGCUUCUCCCACACCUCCAAGACAUCUUUAGCUUUGUGGAAUUGGAUAAACAUAAUUGUUUCCCUUUUAUUCCCAUCAAUCCUUUGUCUAUGGUUGUGCUGCAAAUGAAGCAAUCCAGAAGAGUUUCCCACAAUUCUAUGUUGCUGUAAACUGCAGUGUGGAGACGGAUUAAGCUGCCAAUAGGCACUGAUGUUAAAGGUUCACUUGAAUACGUUUCAACCCUAACCCUUGCUCUUGUCUCUACGUGACUAAUGGGGACAACAUAUUUUAGUCUAGUAUUGAGCCAGAGCGCUGUAAUGUAAUUGCUCUGGGUAAUCACGCUCAAUUAAAAUGUUCUUUUGACCUUUUGUCCGAAAAGGUCUGUUUGUUAUUGUGUCUAACAUGGUCUCAUCCAAGAGGAAGUCUCCUUCUGAAAUCUUACCACAGAGCUGUCUUUAGUCUGGUAGAAAACAGUAGAAAUGUGAGUGAGUCAUAGAGAGGAGAGCUGGGAGGGGUCUGUUCUGUUGGAGUGAGGGCUGUACCAUACGGAGAAAAUAUCACAAUAUAUUUAUAUAAUGAUAUACUUGAAAUGACCAUCUCUAAUGUGGAUUUAAUCACCAAGGGCCUACGUCUUCAUAGCAUCUUUGUCUGAGCACCUGUGUCCUUUUCUUCUGUGCUUGGAAUAGAGAUCGGCUGGCGGACACUAAAUGUUGCUGCCAGUGAGUGUUUGACUUUUAUUGCCGUAUGUCCAUAGCUCCUUGCUCUACGGCUGUCAGACUGAGCACUGAAGCUUAUUCAUACAAAGUUUUAGAGUAAGAUUCUCUCGAGUAGUGUUCAUGGUGAAAAAAUAGAAGUCAAACCAAUAUAUAGCUUCUUAAAAACCAGAAGAGACAACACUUUACGAUAUUAGCUCUAUAUCAAUAUAGCCGACAUAUAUAUAUAUAUAUAUAUAUCAGAUUUACCUUUAUCUUAAACAACACAUACAGUGUCAAAGACAAAAAAAACAGGUGUGCAGGUUGUCCAUUUAUUUGUACCCCCCCCCUUACAGGUACCGAUCAUUUCAAGUCAGACAAAAAAGCUUUUAUUCUUCUGUUAGAUCCUUUUCUCUGUAGGUGAUGUUGUUGGAUACUUAUAAUAACAAUGAAACUGUGUUGGUGGCCGAAAAACAAGCACUUGUAUCAGACAUACAUUGAUGGUAGUAUAUAUGUUGCGUAAUUGCAUAGAAGCCUGUUUGGCAGCUACCUGCUGCAGCGCAAAUGACCAAUAAUAGCCACUUAACUAACUAAACUUAGACUUGUGAAAGAAUCUUAAAAGUAACCCUUUAAAAUGACACACGUAUACACCUUUAAAAAACCAGCACAGUGAUAUCAGAUGUAUCAUCCUAUUAUAAAUGCCAUAUAGGGAACGCGGUAGGUUGACAAACUUUCAUCAAUAAAAAUCCGUGUUACAAUGGUAUAUGGUUAUGAAAGACUGCGGGGGAAGUUUUGACCUGGCACAAAUGGAUUCCUUAGCAUGAAUAGUCGUGCCAUUUAGUCGUGCUCAUGAAUUUCAAAUUGGUCAGUGAAGGUUACUGAUAAUUCCGAGUUGAGUAAAUGUGUCUUUUUGUGUGUUUGUGUUGAGAGUGAAUGUAUUGUGGGGAUACUGCAGCCAUAUUUCUUGAUUGUGAUUGAUGGGCGGGGGUGGGUUUUUUUUGUCUUGUUUUUUUUCCGCAAAUUAAGAAGUAUUGCCUUGUGUAGCUUAAACUGCCAUUAUGAACCUUGAAAUGCUCUGCCAGUCCUUACGGCCCGUCCACACAGCGGCUUUGGAAAAAGCUUGCCGGCGGGCGUGUCUGAAGCUCGACCAACAACAAAUCACAUGAAUCUCCCGCCCCUGAGACACAAGCAGCGGUUUGAUUGGCAAGAGCUUGUACUGGCAUAUGAUUUGAUUGGCUGAGGCUUACACCGAAAGCUUCAGAAGCUUCAAAAGUUGAACAUUGCUCAACUUUUGAAGCCUGAGAUGCCUGGAAAGCUCCGCUCUGCUUCCCACAAUGCAGUUCGGCGAAAAGUGAGGCAAAGUGACGUCACCCCAUUCAAAGUGAAUGGGCAGAAGCGUUGGAAGAUUUUUUUAAUGCUGCUGUGUGGACGUACCGUUAUUCUUGAUGGUGAUGCUCUGUGUAAACCAAUUGGAUUUGGUGGAGCCCUACAUGUCUGCUUUAGUGAUGGAUUCAUUAUAUAUAUUAUUUGAUAUCAUCUGGUGCUUUUGAGCACAGAUUGACAAGCACAUCCAUGGAUGAAUAACAUGCUUUUAUUAGCAUGCAACGUAUUUUUAAAGUUGCAAGAUUGACAGGUUUUCUUAAGAAGUGUUAACCAGUUCUGUACUCAUGACUGAUGCAGGUUUAAAAUGACUACAGCCUCUGACCAUUGUAACUUUUUUUUUAAGGCUUUUAAACUACAUUUGUUAAUAUUCUUAUAAAAUCCAAUAGCACCCCAACAUCCUGUUGAAAGUCAGCGGUUUUAAAACACGAAAAGUGAGCUGUAAUAAGCUCCCAUUGCAGGAGAAACCAAGCAGUACUCCUGUGCUUUUCUUUAUUUCAUGUGUGUCCAUUUGUGGUUAUUUGAUUAAACACACGUGUGCAGGAAUGUGUAAAUAAGUCAAUUGUUAAUGGUUCUGGUAUAAAAUAAAUAAAUACCGUAAUCAUUUCGAUAUGAUGAUUUUGGAUCAGGAAUAAGCUAAUAAAGCAGGAUCUACUUAAUUCGAUAUUAUACUUAAGUGGUGCCAACAAAUGCGUUUUAAUCAAAUUACUAAAUACUUUUGACAUACAUUGAGUCAUGUGCUAACUUUGUUGGUAAUUCAGCCUUGUAUUUUGGGAUCUCCGAUGGCAAUAUUAAAAUUGAGGAAUGUAUCUUGUAGAAACAAGCCAGAACAAGAAUCUCAUAUAUUGUGCUUUUCAUACAGGAAAGAUUGCAUUGGAAUAAGACUGUAUGAGCCAGUAUUCCCCUGCAGGCCCUUCAGUUGGGCCCCAGGCAGUUUCUUGGUGAUUUCCUGCCAGCUCCAGCAUCUUGAUACAGUCAUGUAUGUGGAUCUGUGCUGUUUAUUUGAUGAAGAAAUGGGGCUGAGCAUUUAUAAAAACGACCUUUACAGGUUUGAUAAUCCACACUGCUUAUAGCGUCUGGCUGAAAAUUCAUUCGGAAAAGGCUGUUUAUAUGAAAUGUAACCUGUGUUCUCUAUUACGCUGUCUCUAUGCUGUGUAGCACAACCUGGUUUCUAUUGGGAAAACUGCUUUUUCUAACCCUGCUGCUUUACAUGUCUGAUGGAAGGAAUGUUUGUCUUAGUAACUAGACUUCAGAGCUCACACAUUGGACCAAAUGAGAGGAGGAGCCAGAUAGUUGUACACAAUUCAAUAAAAUAAUCUUUGAUUUUCGCUAGCAUUAAACUGUGGCAAGUCAUCUAGUUUCACUGUGAAAUAUUAAGGGUAAAUUACCAUCACUGACUUUUGUAAAAUUCAGUAUAAUCAGGCCAUACGUGUAAUACUUUGCUCUUCAUGUAAACGCUGAUCACUGUUAAAGCUUAGUGGUGAUGAAUAAGUGAAGACUUUUAAGGGGAUAAGGUGGAUUUAUGUGAAAUCUAAUUGUUUGCCAUAUUGCCAAGCCUUGUUGAAAUGCAUUAAUGUACAAAUAAAGAUUAAACUCGAUGGUGGAAUGU